AUGAAGCUUACCGCCGUCGCCGCCGCCGUCUUUGCCCUUGCCGGCACCGGAUUCGCCGCGCCUGCUGAUGCCGGCAAGUGUGAGGGCAUGACCGAGAACGGACAGUGGCUGGCGUGCCCCAUGUUCUAUAUCCCGCCAGGAUCGCCCUGCACGACGAUUGCCGAGGACAAGAGCAAAGUCUGGCCUGAUUGCUGCCCCCAGCCUUCCUGCCCCAGCGUCGAGUCACUCAAGAAGAGAGCUUAA